AGCCGGGGAGCGGAGGAGCCUGGGGGCGGGGCCCGUGGCAGCCAGUCCCCGGCCCUGCGCAUCCGGACGCGGGGUGCCGAGCGCGAUGUCUUCCGCUGACCAGGAGCGAGCCGAGACGCGGGCCGGACACCCCCCUGCCGUGAAAGCUGGUGGGAUGAGGAUUGUGCAGAAACACCCGCACACCCCAGAUGCCAAAGAGGAGAAAGAUAAGGAUGACCAAGAGUGGGAGAGCAGCAGAGCUUGCAGUUUCUGCGCUAAAGAAUCCACCUCAAGUGACACGGGCACACUAGGAGGGGACUGCUCUGCCCCCAGAAUUGUCCAGGGGAUACCUGCUACUUGCAACUCUUUGGGCACUUUAUCAAGAUCUGCUUCCCUGGACCCACCUAAACCAACGGUGUUCAUCUCCGGUGUCAUUGCAAGAGGUGAUAAAGACUUCCCUCCAGCUGCAGCUCAGGUGGCUCACCAAAAACCUCAUCCCUCUGUGGAAAAGCUUCCUCAUCCACAACAUGUCAAUCAGCACAUCAACCAGCCUCGCAAGUGAACCCUCUGUCAAAAAGCCAGCCAAACUGUAUCAGUGAAUACAUUGUAGAAAGAAGAGAUUAAAGUUUUUAGGAUUCGCGCUACCAAAUCAAUAAAACUGGCCUUUAAAAAUGA